GCUAGUUAGUACUGCUUGACCAACAGUAUGCAAGCUUAACUUACCUAUCCGACAAGCUUAUGUUUUCGAGUGAGCAGCCGCUGGAUUCAAAACAAGAGCUAACUUAAUGUUGUGACAUCUGAAUGUGAUUCAAACCUGCUCAUUCGCUUGUGUCCGCGUUCAUAGUGCCCAUGUCAAGAUGUCUGUGGAGCUGGAUGUUUUUGUUGGAAACACCACCAUUAUGGACAAAGAAGUGUAUCAACUGUGGCUGAAUGGAUAUACAGUGAAUGAUGCAGUGAAGGUGCGGAUAGAAGGAGGUGUGAUGGAGGAGUGUGAGGCGAGUGCAGAUGUGCUGCUCAGUGACACAAUGGACCAGUACAGAACGUUUCAGAUGUGCGAGAGACUUUUACACCACCCAGCCAAACUGGCCAAUCAGCUUCUGUUUCAGAUACCGCCAGACCGACAAGCCAUGCUCAUUGAACGGUAUUAUGCUUUUGAUGAUUUGUUUGUACGUGAGGUCUUGGGAAAGAAACUGUCAAAAGGAACUAAAAAAGAUCUUGAUGACGUCAGUGCAAAGACAGGCAUUUCGCUGAAGAGCUGCCGAAGACAGUUUGACAACUUCAAGCGAGUGUUUAAAGUGGUGGAAGAACUUAAGGGCCCCCUGGUGGAAAAUAUACGACAGCACUUUCUGCUACCUGAUCAGUUAGCCAGAGACUAUGCUGCAAUCGUGUUCUUUGCCAAUAAUCGUUUUGAGACGGGGAAGAAGAAGUUGCUGUAUUUAACCUUCCAGGACUUUGCCUUUUGUGCUGGGCAGCUCAUCAACCACUGGACUCUCGGAGCCGUGGAUAACAUGAUGGAGGACAUGGAUGUAGAUCUGGAUAAGGAAUUUCUUCAAGACCUCAAAGACCUCAAAAUUCUAAUCACAGACAAGGAUCUCUUAGACCAGCACAAAAGUUUAGUGUGCACUGCUCUGAGGGGUAAAACCAGUGUCUUCAAUGAGAUGGAAGCCAAUUUUAAGAAUCUCUCAAGAGGCCUUGUAAAUAUCGCUGCCAAAUUAAUCAACGCAAAAGACGUCCGUGAUUUCUUCAUUGACCUUGUGGAAAAGUUUAUUGAGCCAUGCCGAUCAGACAAAUGGACAUCAAUAGACAUGAACCUCUUCCUUACUCAUUAUACUAAUUCAGCUCAUAUCCUUGACACCUUCAAGCACCAUGCGGUCUGGACUAGGUACAUGGGAGUUAUCAAAAGUUGCAUUCUUCGGAUGUACCAUGACUAAAGAAUCUAUAAUUAUUAUUAUUUGCUUCAUCUGCAUGCACUCCAGCAUCUGAUUUAAACUGAUGUUUAAUUUUCCCCUGUGCAUCAUCUUCUUGCUUUAAUCCUUUCCCAAAUAUAUCCUCCCCCACCAGCUGUCCAUCUCUUCACAUCCCUCUCUUUUUUUUAUCCUUUCUUCAUUCUUUCACCCUUGGCCUCUAGAACUGUAUGACUUGUAAAUAAACACAGCAUGAUUUCCACA